AUGUUGCAUCAAAUCUAUUGUUAUUGUUACCAUUUAAUCUAUUCUUUCAUUAUUUUUAGUUCCAUCCUCAGGAGACAACAAAGUCAGUAUCUUAUUUUUCUAUUUCUUUCCUUCUUUUUUUUUUCUUUUUCUUUAUAUUUUUCUUUCCGUUUUCUUUUUUAUUUAACUUUCUUUCCUAAUUCUUCUUUUUUUAUUUUCCCUGUCUCGUUAUUUUAUUUUCUAUCUUUAUUUUUCUAUCUUUAUUUCUUUUUUCUAUUUAACACUUUUUCUUUUCUUUCUUUCUUUCUUUCUUUCUUUCUUUCUUUCUUUCUUUCAUUCAUUGAUUCAUGCUUUCUGGCUAUAAUAUUUCUUUUCCUUCAUUUCUUUUUUUUCAUCUUCUUUCUGUUUUUAUUUCUUCCUGUCUUUUUUCCUUUCUUUCUAGUUUUUCUCUUUUUCCCCCACUUUCAUUCAUAUAUUUCUUCUUUUCUCUUCAUCUUUUUCUUUGUUAUUUCCAUUUUCUUUUAUUCUUUUCUCUUUCAUUCCAUCACACACUUCUUUUAUUCUUUUCUUCCAUCGUUUCAUCUCAGUUCUUUUCUCUCCUUUUCUCUCCUUAUUUCUUUUUUCUUCUCAUUUAUUCCACUCCCUAGUAUCUUUCCAUACAUAUGUACAUAUCUAUAUCUAUGUGCUUCCAUCUAUUAG